AUGGAAUUAAGCACUGAAAUUCUCAUAAUGCUGUCACUUUUAAUGCUUUCAAUAAUGGGAGGCCACUAUUUGAAAAAGAAGCAUCAUAAAUAUCUUCAAGAGUCUGGCUUGACAGUUUUAAUUGGGGCUAUAGCUGGUCUUGUGUUGAAGUCUAUGAGCUAUGAAGCCUAUAUGACAAACUUAUCGAAUCAUUUCGUCAGGCUAUUUAUGCUUUUGCUUUUACCUCCAAUUAUAUUUGAAUCUGGGUUUAACAUGCAAAAGAAAUAUUUUUUCAGAAAUAUCGGAAGCAUCAUACUCUAUGCAUUUCUUGGGACUUUUAUAGCAAUCAUUUCUUCUAGUGCGAUGUUCUAUGCAGUUGGAUUGUUCCCUGAGAUUUCUCCGUCUUUUACAGUGCAGGAAAGUCUAGCCUUUGGCGCAUUGAUAUCUUCUACUGAUCCAGUAGCAGUACUUUCUAUUUUCAAGCAGAUGGAUGUUGACAUGACUCUGUAUAUAAUGAUCUUUGGUGAAAGUAUUUUUAAUGAUGCAAUAUCAAUAGUUAUGUAUACAACAGUCCAUGAAUCAACAAAAAGAAACGAAACCUUUUAAAGUGAGCUGGCUAUUUCAGUCAGAGCUUUCCUGAUAAUUUUAAUGGGUUCAGUUGCUAUUGGAAUGACAUCGGCAUUGAUAACAGCCUAUAUUCUUAAGAGACAAGCUAAUAACUUUCAAAGAGAAUAGCAGGUUGCCCUUGAAAUUGAGAAGAUCACAAAGACUUAAUAGUAAUAUAAGAGAAAGCAAAAUGUGAAUACUGAAAUAUCAAUGAUGAUAUUAUGCCCUUGGGUAUCCUAUCUGAUCGCUGAAGGCUUUGAGCUAUCUGGGAUUGUGGCUAUAAUGGUUAAUGGUAUAUUUUUGUCAUACUACGCUCAGCCUAAUAUAUCAAACUCUGCCCGAAGUGUGCUAAAAACUGGGUAUGAAACUGUAGCAUAGACAGCAGAGACACUAGUUUUUAUAUUUUUGGGAGUAGCUUUGUUUGCUUUUAAUCAUCCAUAUGAAUAAAUGGGUCCAUGGUUGGUUCCGAUUACCAUUAUAAAUCUUGGGAUUUCUCGAUUCCUGAAUGUCGGAAUAGUUUCAUUCUUAGUCAAUAAAUCUAGAACAACUAACAAGAUAACUAAAAGAUUCUAGCUUGUUAUGUGGUUGGGUGGACUAAGAGGAGCAAUGGCAUAUGCCUUAGCUAUGAAGUCAUCUUUUGAUUUCGAAAAAGGGCCGGUCAUGCUAAUAGUAACUCUUCUAUAUGCUUUUAUUUCAAUAUUACUGAUUGGGUCUCUACUCUAUCCAAUUUUGACUAAACUCGAUGUUACAAAUAAGUCUGUUGGAGAAGCAGUUUCUGUAAGAAGUAAUGAAAACUAACUCUCUGAUGAAAAUGAAUAAUAAAUCCCACUAAAUUGCUGUAACAAGUUGAAAAAGAUUUUGAAGAAGUAUGAAAACAAGUACUUCUCUCCAGUAUUUAUAUCGGAUGCAAUUAGUGAAAGAAAUGUAAACGACAUGGUAUCAGUUGGGGGAGAUACCCACAGGUUCGAUUAGGCUAAGCUGGGUUUAAUUAAUAAAGACAGUAAUAAUUGA